GGGUUUUCUGGGGGAAUUUAAACACUCGUGGUGUAUGUGUGUGUGUUUAUGCGAGGGGGAGUUUCCAUUACAAGCGGGUCUCCACUGUGGGUCGAGGGAAAUCUUUACAGUGUCAUAUUACAGCGUUGUGAGGGGGAAGUGAGAAAGACGCGUCUGUACAUCCUCAUAACACACUGUUGUUUCUGCCUCUGAUUCAUUUGAUAUUUGAAACGUGAUCAGUCACUGUCGUUCUGUGUGGAAUCGAAUCAACGUUUUAAAGACUUCACAACCAUUCAAGAGCAAUGCAAGGACCAGAACUGAUUGACUCGAGGAGUCGUUUUCGAUUUAUUGAAUCAUGCCUUGGCUUGAUGGGCUGUUUGUGUAUCAGCUAUGCGAUCUGGACACCUCAUUGGCUGGAUGAAAGGGGUCUGUGGUUCUCAGGGAAUGAGACCGGACCGAAGGACAGCUGGAACACCGAAGACAUUGCUAAAGCUCUGGAGGCUGAGAGAGUGUUUGCAUUGGUCGCUUUCCUGAUGUCUGUGAGCUCUGGAGUGCUGUGCCUCAUGUUCGCCCUCUGCUGGACGUCUCAAACGGUGCGCUCCUAUUCGAACACUCGCUCACUGCUGAUGGCAGGCCAGGCGCUUGACCCGACCACCCUGCUGCUGUUCACACUAGUACCUACAGGAUUUUUCUUUUUUCUCAGCUGGGCACUUUUCACGCAUCAACAUAUUAGUGAGAUCAGGGAUGACAUCACUCGACUUGGACUUUCCUAUUGGCUGGGAGUGGUGGGCUGGGCUUUGCUAUUGGCUUUGCUGCCUAUAGUCUUCCUGGCGGAAAAGUGUGUGGUUCCCGAUAUCCUGCCGGAGCUAAUACAGUCCACUGAUAUGUGGUGUAAGGCCCCGGAGGUUGCACACGCACGAUCGUUUAGUGAGGGUUGCCAUUGUUCACAGCACAAGUCUCAUCCUGACUUCAGGAGGUACAUGUCAAUGCCUUGAACGAGAAGAACGACGAAGCAAGGAAAUGCACAAGAGAAGAGACUCUAGUCUCGCUGGUCUUCUAGCCAAAUAUAUGAGUUGGGAAUAUGUCUCGCAACAGGCGUCAAGAACCAGGAUGAGAAACCUGUAACUGCUCUCCGGGAUAUGAGACACAAAGCUACAGGUUAUAUUAAGGUUCUGUGCUGGCUUUGGCAGUGGUUUCACAGCUGUACUUGGGCGGGGACGCCCAAAAAUGUGGUUAUUACACAUAAUGGACUAUCAUUUCACUAUCUAAGUGCUGAAAAGAUCUUCAACAGUUUAUUUCACCAUAACUUUUCAUAGUCAACUGCAGUUGUCAAUAUAUGAACUUAUAAAUUUUAAAUGCAUUUUAAAUUAGUGCUAUCAAAUUGAUAAUCGCAAUUAAUCGCACCUAAAAUAAAAGUUUGUAAAUAUAUAUAUAUGUGUAUACAUACAGUCAAACCAAAA